GCAAAGAGGUAGAUCCCGCUCACUGCGGCACUUCACCUCGAGACUUGGUACGAGUCAGAACAGACGGUACAGUGCGAUCGCGUUCCUGGGUGAAUGUGUUAUACUCCUUCCUCUACCUGUUCCCCGUCUUUGACUAUAGCCGUUAUUAUCCCCAGCGCUGUUCUUUCCUCCUGUGGCUACUUUUAGUAGCGUCGCGUCGCAAUUCCGCCCAAGAGGAUCUUAAUCAGUCAGUGACCGGAGUAGACGCGAAAAAGAGUAGUUCCGCGUGUGCUUGUGCUGCAUCCUAGCGGUGGUGUUAAAGGGUGCCAAGAAGAAUGCGGUAGGAUGCGCAGUCAGGAAAGAUGGUUUCUGCUUGCGGUGGUGGGACUCUGCCUUCUAGGCGGGGUCGUGGUAUCAUCGCCCGGAGACCUCGACGUCACGACAACGUCUCCUGCUGACGAGGAGGUGCCAGGCGUGGAACCAUUACAGACCGAAUCAGAUUCAAACCCGUCCCAGAAGGAGGUUGUCGCGAAUUAUGGUAAAAAUGAAUUUCCCACCAAGGAGAAUGAUUCCAAAUCGAGUGCCGACGGGAAGAAAAAGUCCAUCGUGGACUUCAAACCGAAGACGGAUCUGAAGUAUCAAAAAACCUUGAAGGACGAGGUCAAUAACGACGAGGUAGCCUCACCGGUUUCCGGUAUGGAGAGCGUGACGAAUCAUCCUGUGGAAUCCUCCACUGCACUCAUGAAUGAUAACGAUACGAAGAAGAUCAUUGAUCAAGAGCUUUUGACAAAUUUGACAGAGCAUGCAGUUCCAUUUUUAAUACAUGGAGAGCCUAUGAUGGGUCCUGUAGUUGGUGACGUUUACCAGUUGCCCGCUAUGAAAAACGAAAUGAAAAUGAAUUCUACCAUGGAAAGUAAUUCGGAAAAAAAUACAACAAUGGCUGACGAAGUUGUUGCAGCUAGAGGAAGAGCUUUGAACGUCACUGCUGUGGAACCUACGAAUUCCUUGCAUGCCAAUUUGACGGAUCUCAGUGAUGUCAGUAUGGAUGAAGAGGAUAAGGAAGUCGAAGGUGGAGAAUAUGUGGUUGCCCACAAUGAAUCAAAUAUUAACGUUACUUCCACGUUGAUUCCUAAUGUUCCCAUGUGUAUUGAUGGAAAUCAUACAUAUGCCAUUGGCGAGAAGAUCGUUCGGGAUUGCGAAGAGAAAUGCAUGUGUGGGGAAGGUGGGAGGAUAAUGAAUUGUGAACCCUUAUGUAUCAGUCCUUUGAUCAGAGCCGGAAAAGUAAUAGAUGAUCCUUGGUGUGCAGCGAUAACAAUGACAGAAGAACCAUGUUGCGCUAUAAUAGUAUGCGCUGAAAGUUCCGCUCCGGAACCUGAAGAAUCUUGUAUUUUUGGAAAUGAAACACUGACGAGAGGGCAGCGCGUCGAAGAUGGUUGCUCGAGGGUUUGCGUCUGUGAAGCUGGAGGAAGUUUGAAGUGUCAGCCAAGAUGUCCGCCAAAUGAAACUACUUCCGCCGCUAAUCAACAUGACAGAUGCGUUGCUUUACCUGAUCCUCGGGACUCUUGCUGCACCAUAACACUAUGCGACGUCACUCUGGGCGAUCAUGAGAUUAAACCAGAAAGUCCAGCAGAACUGUUUGUCAAUCUAACGGAUGUAAAAGUCUUGAAUUCUACAGCCAUUAAGUUGAAGUUGUCGACGAAAUCUGCCGAGGAUGUGAACGUGGAACUCUCAGCGGACAAUCUUGUAUGGCGACAGCAAAAACCUGAUAAAGAUGGAAUUGUGUCGAAUCUGGAACCUGCUCAUACUUAUUACGUGCGUAUCACGGAAGCUGGGAAAUCCGGUCCAGCACUUCAAGUUUUUUUACCAGCUGAAGUGAUCAAAACCAAUAUUACAGAAAAAGUGGACAAAAAUACUUGUAGUUACAGAGGAAAGUCAUAUAAAAUUGGUGCCGAGUGGUAUGAUGAGUGUAUUUCAUUCUGCACUUGUAACAAUGGUGCCAAUGUUGAAUGUCACACCAUAGAAUGUCCAACAGAUUUUGGUUUGGACGUUUUAGAUCCACACUGUUUAGAUUGGGAAACAGUACCGUCAGAUUUUAUACCAAAAGCACCACAGUGUUGUCCCCAAGAGGUACGCUGUAGGAAUAAUGGCUCCUGCUUGUACGAAGGUACAAUUUAUGAAAACUGGUCCGACAUCCCAACAAAUGUUACUGGAUGUGAGAAGAAAUGCUACUGCGAAAUGGGAAAUGUAACUUGCCAUGCAGCAUGUCCACCAGUGAUGGCCUUGCCACCACCAAAUUUAGAAUGUCCACCGCAUCAUGCACUGUUAGCACAUUUACCUGAUGAAGAGUGCUGUUUACAUUGGGUAUGUGGUUCUCCAUCACUUUCUACAAGCGGAAAGAACGUGACGUCCACGUUUCCCGGCCCUUUAGCCACAGAAACGAUCGACCAGCAAUUGAUAGACGAUAGCAAAAGACCAAAUAACAAGUCAGCAAUGCUCAGGCCCACCCAGGAACCGGAACGUGGCACCUCCUUCCCGUGGGAAGAUCCUGAAAAUAUUAACUCUUAUCCAGACACUUCUAAUCACGAACUCCAUUAUCCCAUAAACCCUGGUCACCCGACAGUACCUUACAAUGGACCCUAUAGUCCUAAUUACAAGCCCACCCAACCCUCCGUCGAACAAUUAUUUCAUUUGCCUAGUCAUCCGGAAAAGAUGGCUCCGCCACUCAAAGACAAAUCUAAAUCCAAAGCGGAUUCGAAAAAAGCCGUGGAAUCAAUAAAACCGCACAAGGAGGUGAUAGAACAACAAUUUCAGGGACCAUUUGCCCCAGACAAAUUGGCUGACAGACCCCAAACGAAUAAUCAAGUGCAUUCGAAUAUUCGUGACAAUCCUCUUAUGCCGGGUACAGUUAAUCCCAAUGAACUUCCGCCGUCGCAAAAAGGUGGACACGUCGCAGAUGAGCCCCAGUUCAUUCCAUUAAAUAGUCAGCCCGGUUCCUCAGGACCACCAUUCGUAUUCUCACCCAAUAAUGGAGAACAUAUUCCUCCCACACGCUUUGAUGUUCAGUACCAGAAUCAUGAAGCUGGCCCACCCUACAGUGGUCCAGUACCCCUAAGACCUAAUUUAAAUGAUCCAAAUUUCAUCGUACCAAUUAGUCCUAAGAAAAAGAUUUCUAUAGCAGACCACUUUGUGGAUGAAAAUAAAUCGAAGCCACCCCUAAUUCUACCUGGUAAAUCGAAACCUGGACAACGAAACCCGGACGAGGAAAUUCUUCCGGAGGAUCUGUAUCAUCUUAUCAAUCUUCAACAUCCAGGUUUAAUUCAGCUAGGCCAGAGUCCACCUCAGGGUCACCAAGGCCUGUACGACUUGCACCAACAAAUCUCCAGUCAAAAGAAUUUACCAAAUAAUCAAGUACCACCCGGUUACUUUGGUCCACCACCACCCGGACCCAAAAAACCAAUAAAGCCCCAAAUCUUUACUCAGAAAAAUGAAAACGGUGAAACGACCUAUCAUAUUCACACUCCGGAGAUACCAAACUCCCCUCAGCAAUUCGAGGAACUCUUAGCCCAUAUAAGUCAACAUGAUUCCAAUCCUGGACCUUUCCAACAUUAUCCUGAACAACCAGCCAUAACUCAUAAUUUACCAAACGGACCACCACCGCCCUUGCCAUCUCAUAUUGACGCACAUAUCCCGCACACGGGACUCACGCACUUGAACCAUCUGUUCGCUGCACAAACGCCCAACCAGUCAGGAUUGGAGCACAACGUACCACCAAAUUUUGGCUUACCUGGUGGAAUCCCAUCAUUUUCUGGUCAUCCUGCGCAAUCACCCUCUGACGAAGUUAGCGUACAGACCUUGGAAGCCCUUGAUGAAAAUACUGUCAGAUUGGUAUUUACUGUACCGUCAUUGUUAGUGGGUCUGCAUGGAAGAGUAGAAUUACGUUAUACAAGCGACAAAGCCAACCUUGACGUGUCUACUUGGAAAUCCCAAAUAUUUGCCCCACCCAACGAUCUCAUAGCAACAGCACAAAUGGAAUUUGAAUUGGGUGACUUGAAGCCGUCCACGGAAUAUAAAGUGAAGAUUACAGUAAAACUACGCGAUCUCUCCAAUAAUCCAAGCAGUAAAGUCUACAGUGUACGAACUCUUGAGAGACCUGCAGAAAUUACAACUUUGCCAUCGCAAAUACCAAUCAAUGCCGAACUCGCAUUGACGGAGACGAAUUCCACCUGGGUGAACGUUAUGUGGAAGAAAUUUACUGAUUACGAACUACAGUUCAUCGAUGGAGUACAACUGAGGUAUAAAGAGCAUGACGGAAAAGUAUAUGCAGCUACGCCAUUAAUUCACAGAGCUGUUACGAGCUAUGUUAUCGAAAAUCUUAAACCGUCAACUACAUAUGAAAUUGGUAUUUACUUCAUACCAUUCCCUGGUCAAACUACUGAACUCAUAAGUGAGAAAACGAUUCAAAUAACUACGUCUAUGGAACCAGAUCCAUAUUCAUUUGAUGUAAAAGUCGAUAUUAAAACUAUCAAAUCCACGGAUGUAGAAGUUUCCUGGAGUGGUGUACCUUACCCUGAAGAUAAAUAUGUCAAUAUUUAUCGAGCUAUUUAUCAAAGCGACACUGGGAAAGAGGAUACCAGUACUUUUAAAAUCGCCAAGAGAGACUCUCCAGCUAAGACUAUUAUCAAUGACCUCAAACCUGGUACAAGAUAUAGACUUUGGAUUGAAGUUUACUUGACCAAUGGAAGAAUUAAAAAAAGUAACGUACAAGACUUUGUUACGAAACCUGGAGUACUACUAUCAGCUGGUGUUUCCCAACAAGGCAAACUCGCUUCAAUCCCACUUCAUGAAGGAGACUAUUAUGGUCCUCUGGUUAUCGUCGCUGUUGUAGCCUCACUUGCUAUUUUAUCAACCCUCAUUUUGUUGAUGAUGUUGAUGAAGAGACGAACGAGCAGCAAAGCUGAUAUUUCACCCCGUAAAACCACAUCCGCUUACGACAACCCCUCCUACAAGACUUGUGAGGAUACAGUAACGAUAAGAAGAAACGGACAAAGCAAAAACUCGGAACACGAGCUGGCUACCAUCAAUACGAAUAAUGAUGCCAAGGAAAGUGCUUGAAAAUUUUAACUUAUUAAUUUAUAUUUAUUUUAUAUUAUAAUUAUGCGAUGUCAUUUAAAUCCGUCCUUGUACCUUUGUGUAUAUUUAUUCGUUACAUUAUCAGUAAAAAAAAAAUGCUAUGCAUGAUGCUAUAUUAUUUUUUAUAAUUAAUUUGACAUUCCGUUCUUUGAAUCUCAUAAAUGAAUAAUGAACGAUACAUAUGUAUAUCAAAUUGUUACUUUCAAAUCUUUUAUAUCUGAUAAAGCGGUUAAGGACAUUUCUAAGGAUUCAUAUUUUCAGGAUGGUAGUUUAUGUUUAUGUUGUAUCAAAGGUUGUACAUAGGAUUUUAACGCAAUAUAUAUGUAUGUUUGUACUACAAAA